AUGCUCAUCGAUCCCAUUCACGCUCCGAAUAUCCAGCGCACGGAUCUCAAUUGCAAGACCUUCGAACAAUUCCGGUUCCAAUUCCUCACGCCAGCCAUGGCUGACGGGAUCUUUGCCAUCAAAUCCGAUAGAAUCAAAAACCACGCGGCAAAAGCAUGGGCCGAAGUCAAGCCGCUUGCCGAUGUCCUUCCCAGACCCAGACACGGUCCCCUUACCCCAUUCUUCGGAACACCCGAGUGUGACACAGUCCUCAAAAUGGCUUUGGACGAAUACUUGCAGAAGCCAUCGACCCCCGAGUUUAGAUCUCAUCUGAGAGUAAGCGGCCAUGUUGCGUUUCCUGGCGUAGUAGCCACCGGUCAGACAACAACGAUAUUGGUGCCCCUUCAGAUUAUUGGCGAGGUCAAGAUUGGAUCGGUGAGGAUUGAUAUCGACCACUAUUAUAAUGUAUUGACAUUGUGUGAUGUGGAGGUGUCAGAAGGAGGGAAGAUGGUGGCACUAGUUGUGUCGAGUAUACCGGCGCAGUAA